UGGACAAGGUGUUCAUGUUGUUAGCAUAAAGAGCUUCUUAGAUGUUCCAAGGUUUCUUUUAUCGCAUUUUAUCUAAUCAAAAACAACAAUGGCUGAUUAUUGGAAAUCCCAGCCGAAGAAAUUUUGCCAGUACUGCAAAUGUUGGAUAGCUGACAACAAACCUAGUGUUGACUUCCACGAAAGAGGCAAGAACCACAAAGAAAAUGUUGAGCUCAAAAUUGCAGAGAUUAAGAAGAGGAGUCUUGACAAAGCGAAGCAGGAGGAUCGCAUGUCUAAAGAGUUUGCAGCCAUGGAGGAGGCCGCACAGAAAGCCUACGAGGAGGACAUGAGGAGGCUGGGAGUAGACCCAGGACCCCCGGCCCAGACUAAACCCCCAGCCCAGACUAAACCCCCAGCCCAGACUAAACCCCCAGUCCAGACCAAACCCCCAGGUCCAAAGAACAGGAAGGAGAAGCGUGCUGGGAAAGCCCGCCGUCCGGAGGGCCAGGCCCAGCUGGAGGGCCAGGGCCAGCUGGAGGGUCAGGCAUGGGUGGAGGCCCGCUCAGACGACGGGAUGACGUACUACUACAACACACUGACUGGAGAGUCAGGAUGGGAGAGGCCUCAGGGAUUCCAGGAAGAAAGGUCUGCUUCCUCUGCCCAGCCAGGCCACAGUGAGGCCCCAGGCGUGUGGAUGGAGGCGCUGAGUCCUGAUGGGUACACCUACUACUACAACACAGAGACAGGAGAAUCCAGCUGGGAGCGUCCAGCUGGCCUCCCCGCAGAAGGUUCAGGGAGCCGUGGAGAGCCGGAGGGCCAGGGGGAGGAGACGGGCUCCAGGCCAGGGACCCUACCAGGGGGGGAGGAGAGCUCCAGGCCAGGGACCCUACCAGGGGGGGAGGAGAGCUCCAGGCCGGCAGAGGCAGGGGACUCCACACAGGCCAGCAUCAAGAAAAGACAAGAGGAGAAUGAGUCUGGAGGGGGUGGAGGAGAGGAGGAGGAAGAUGGUGGUGGUGGCGGUAAGGAGGGAGAUGGAGAAGGUAAAGAGGCUGUUGCUAAGGAUGACCCUCCUGUUGCUAAGGAAGACCCUCCUGCUAAGAAGCCCAGGAAGCCGCUUACUCCCUACGGAGCCUGGGAACAGAUCCAGGUGGAAGAGAACCCCUAUGAGAAGGUAGACCUGCAGCUGCCCCAGGUGGAGGGGGGCCCAGGCUCUGGGGGGCCCCCAGCCCCCGGCCGCCCCCCUGAGGCCAAACCCCGUUUCAAGGAGCGCACCAUCACCUCCCUGGGGGCCCAGGGGGGCCCCGCCUCCUUUAGGAAGAGGAAGCCGGAGAACGGAAAAGCCCGGAGCCUCCGGCAGAGAGACACGGACGACUGAGACAGAUGUGUCGUCUGUACAGAUGAUGUAGGCUGGACUACAGGAGGGGAGACUACUCACACAUAAAGUCAACCCUGAUUCAGGAGGUAAAUCUGUUCCUAGCUGUGAACAUGACCGACUUUAACUGCUCAUACGCUGCAUGUUCAACAGAGAAUCAGUCCUGGAAACAUUCUUAGUAUGUCUCCCCUUUAUGAAGUAAUAUCUUGAUUGUCGAGAGAUUGGCUUCUUCUAGAAUAUUCACCAGUGUACAAAAUUCAUAAAGACACAGAUUUGUGUAUUUUUUUACCUGAAUACUUAAUGUCUCUCAUCAGUUUGAUGUGUACUUGUCACGUUUCCCUACAUGAGGUGACGAGUCGCUCGUCCUUGGUCUGUUUGAUAUAGAUCUUGGAACAGAAGGUUCAUGGGCGCAGUGUUUUCUACAGUAUGAUUGCGAGUGUCACUGAAUAAACUUGAGUGGCUGGUGUAUCCACGGUUACUCAGAUGUUGUGUU